AACAUAGAAACUCCCCCAAUCUCUGUCCCCUGGGCAGAAGAGAAACGUUUCCACCUUCCAUCGGACAAACCCUAGAGAGAAAAAGAUGGCUGGAGAAGAAAAGAAUAGUCCGCAAAUUCGGAAUGGCCCAACAAAACGGUCGGCGACGGUGGAAAAUGGGGGAGAUGCUAACAACGUUUUCAGCCCUGGAUUCCGAUCUGUUGCCGCCAUGGCCGGUUGGGACGAAGAAGCGAUUCUUCUCGCCAGUCUCGUCGUAGAAGAUACACCCGUCAGAGAAUCGAAGGAGAAGAAACGAGUCCAUAUGCAGUUCAAGACCCCUCCAACCAGUUCAAGAAGAAAGCGUAGAUCUAAGAAACGAAGCUCUGAUUCAAUUCCCAUUGGUGUUCUUAACCUUGAUGAUGAAGAGACUGCUGGAGAAGAACCCGCAACAAAGACAAUGGUAUUGAAAAAGGAUGUGAUCGGGGAAAAGAAGGAAAAGGAAGGUGAAGUGGUUUUGCCAGUAGAGGCCUCCGAUACCUCUUGUUCUGGUUUGGCUCUUCCUUGUAUGGACCGACUGAGGGAGGAGCUUUCUUGCGCGAUUUGUCUUGAGAUUUGCUUCGAACCAAGUACCACUACUUGUGGACACAGCUUUUGUAAGAAAUGCCUGAAAUCUGCUGCUGAUAAAUGUGGGAAGAAAUGCCCAAAAUGUAGACAGCUAAUCAGCAAUGGGCGAUCAUGCACAGUGAACACUGUUCUUUGGAAUACAAUACAGCUUCUGUUUCCACAAGAGGUUGAAGCAAGGAAGGCUGCAGGGGCCCUAAAUAACCGUGAAAUCGCACGCCAAAGCCCUAAACGAGGGAGUUAUGACACUCGGUAUAACGCAGUUUCUAGCAGAAGAGAGUUGAGGGACAGAGAUGUUACUGCAAGAAGAAGAAGGGAAGUGCCCAGUCAGGUAGAGGAUGCUGCAUUGGCUUUUAGGUUGCAGAGGGAAGAGUUCAUGGAAGCCUUUAGGGAUACAUCUCAUGGGCAACCAAGGAACUCUUUAGCAUCAGCAAGGGCAAAUUUGAGAGCACUGGCUUCCAGGGCCAUGGCAUCAACCACAGCCAUCAACUUUCGCAUAAGAGACCGGGCGAUGUAGGCCAAGCUACAGUUUCAAGGGCUUGAGUUUUGCCAUAGUUUAACUGAAUUCUUAUGCCUUGUAUCACUCUGAACUCUUUCUUUCACCUUGUGCUUGA